UAAUAUCACAAAUGAUAUAAUCUUAUCGUAUGAGUAUUAGGUUAGUGUUAAAGGAGUAUAUAAACUGACUGGUAGGCUAGAGUAAUCAAGUAUUCAAAAGAAAACAUUUGCAGAGGCAACAUGAUGAAAUUCGCUUUGACUAUUUUGGCCAUUCUUGCCGUAAUCAGCCCUCUGGAGGCUUUCACAGUUCCACGCACUGGAAACGGUGCUCUUGCUGACGAAUUGCAAAAAUUUGUUGACCUAAUUCCUAUAAAAGAAAUUAUCGAAAUUGUUCACCGAUACAAAACACAAGAUAUUGAAUUCCAACAAGUACUCGAGUACUUCCAAUCAUAUGAGUUCAAAACCUUGAUCACUGAAAUUGAAAGUAUUCCUGAAUGGAUUCAUAUUCUAAACUACGCACAGAGCGCUGGUCUCGAUGCAUAUUACCUGGUCAAUAAAGUCAAUGAAUAUUUACACUUGCCAUCGCUCAAACCAAGUUCCCAUGCUACCAGAAAUAUUGGUGGAAUCCGUGGUUUCCUCGAUGAAGUCGAAGCUGUGGUACCUACAGACCAGCUCAAGUCCCUCUACCUGGAGAGAGUGGCUAACUCUGCUGUUUUCGCAGACUUUAACAGGAUGUUGGGAUCUCCUAUCGCUCAAACUCUCGUCAAUAAGCUCUGCGCAAGCAUAAACUUUAACAACUUCUUGACGAAGGCCAAAAAUUACGGUGUCCGUCUUGAUAUUAUAAGGGUAGACAUGGAAGAACGUUUGGGUCUCACAGUUCCUUGUUAAUUACAUAUUAAUAGUUUCUUUCUCUUUUUUUUUAAAUACCUUAUUAAGUAUGAAUGUUAAGUUUAAUAAAUAUGCAUUUAUAAAAUA